CUAUUUACCUCACUCGUGUAUAUCACAUUUCGUGUUGUUGAAUGGCGGAGGGAGUGCGAUGUUAGCCAUGGGGUAAAGUUGAGGCAUAUAAAUGGACUUUUGGCGAUUAUUUGUCAUGUAAUCUUCAUAUUCUUCUUCAGUUUACCUUUCAUGGCACUUUUAAACUCAUCAAACCGGUUUAUUUAUUUGCUGAUAGUCAUUUGCAGCAGCGAGCAAGCUAACAAACUAACGUUACUAACGUUACCACAAUAAGUAAUGAAGGCAAAGACAUUUAAAAUAUAGACAAGUCACGUUACGUCUCUGUUUCGCGUCCGAUCUGGCAGUUUUCUCCUUGUUAAUCGUCAACAUUUGAUCUCGGAUUUACGGAGAGGCCUGUAAAUGGAUCCAGCGGUUUUGCGUGAAUGCCCUGCGGGUUCAGGAGCACCUUCAUUGGAGGAGAGAGGAGGAAAUCAGCCGGAGGAGGUGACAGAUGAUAGCAGAGAAGCUGACGGGGAAUCCGAGGAGACGGAGAUGGAGAGUAAAGACUCUGAGAGAACUAAAUGUCAAGAUGAAAACUCACUGCAUGGAAAACUGACUGAGGAGGAAUUAGAUCCUAGAAUCCAGGAGGAACUGGAGCGUCUGAAUGAGGCCAGUGAGGAGAUCAACAAGAUGGAACUGGAACUGCAAGAGGUUCGGUCCAGCCAUAGGAGGAUGAUGAGUGAAUCUGUGCUUAAACUCAAGGCGAAAAGUUCAGAACUGGGGUCCUGCAUCGAGAAGGCCAGGCCUUACUAUGAGGCACGAAGAAACGCAAAAGAGGCCCAGCAGGAGACCCAGAAAGCAGCGCUCAGCUUUGAGAGAGCGGUGUCCAUGCACUUGGCUGCUCGAGAGAUGGUCCACGUGGCUGAACAGGGCCUCACUGCAGUCAAGACGCUGGAUCCAACCUGGCAAGAGAUGUUGAAUCAUGCUACCUCAAAGGUGAACGAGGCGGAGGAGGAGCGCAUGAAGAGCGAACGGGAGCAUAUGCGUGCCACCCAGCUGUGUCAGGAGGCAGAAGCCCGCGUGCAGGAGCUGCAGAAGUCACUGAAGAGAGCCAUCGUCAAGUCCAAGUCUUACUUUGAGCUCAAGGCUAAGUUCAAUGACAUUCUAGAGCUCAACAUGAAUGAGCACAAGUCGAACAUUUUACAAUUAGAGGAGCGUAUUUCCAAAGCCAAGUUAAAUUACUCCAGCACUCUGCGCCACCUGGAGCAAAUCAGUGAGGAGAUUCAUGCCCAGAGGGAGCAGGACCAAACAAAGGAUGGACCAAUCAAAACGUGCGGUGGGCGGAGCCCGCCUGUAGGAGCAGAGACAAGCAACAGCACAGGUACCGAAGUUGGAGCCUGCGGAGGCUACCCAAGACCAAACGAUUGGGUGGCUGGAAAAGAGGACGUGGCUAAUACCAGAGAGUGGGUGGAGACGCAUCAGAACUCCAGGUGGGUGGACAUGGGAAGAGCAGAGGUGACACGAUCUGGUUCAGACUCUCUUUCCAUCGUCAGCCUCCAGACCAUCAUCUCUGAUCUUGAAAAGUGUGACUCAGUUGAACACCUGGGCCGCCUCAGCAGUGACAUCAGUCUCUCAGGGGAAGAAGGGGAGAGAGACGGGAUGGAGAAUGAUAAAAAGCUAGUGAGGCAAAUAAACGCAGACAUUUCAGAGUUCCUCAAACAACACAUAAGAAGUGUCAGUUUAUGAGUGCGUCCAUGAAUAAUGCUUUCCUUAGGCUGGCUGCACACUAGACUAUUUUAAGCCCGAUUUGCAUCCCCGAACGAUCGGGGGGUGUGGACCGAUUCGCGGCUUGUCGCAAAUGAUUUUUUGUCCAAAAAAUCCUCUAUUGUGUGGUGUCAUUACGAUUAUUUAUCUGCUCCCG